GUGGCGCAGUGACGGCAGGACAGCGAUGGGACAUGGACGAUGUUUACCCAGAAUAAAUCAAAGUGAAACUUGUACUGUAGCGUUAGCCACAGACAGGCGGCAGUUGUUGUGUGUGUGCGGCGUUACCGUGUAUUUGUACAAAGUUUAAUAAGAAAGUACACAGCUGUGGUGUAACUUAGCGGGACUGUUGUUCCAGCGGAAGGAAGUUUGCGGUGAGGGAAACCGACGAGGGCCGUAAUAUCCUGACAUGGAGGAGUCCGGCUCGGCGCUGGAGAAGAAUGUGGCUGACCUAACGGUGAUGGACGUGUACGACAUAGCGGCGGUGGUGGGUCAGGAGUUUGAGCGGAUUAUUGACCAGUAUGGCUGCGAGGCUCUGUCUAGGCUCAUGCCCAAAGUGGUGCGGGUUCUUGAGAUCCUGGAGGUGAUGGUGAGCCGCAACAGCAUCAGCCCGGACACCGAGGAGCUGCGGCUGGAGCUGGACAAGCUGCGGCUGGAGAGGAUGGACCGGAUGGAGAAAGAGAAGAAGCACAGGAAGGAGCUGGAGCUGGUGGAGGAUGUGUGGAGAGGAGAAGCUCAGGAUCUGCUCUCACAGAUCGCUCAGCUGCAGGAGGAGAACAAAAGUCUGCUGACCAACAUGUCCAUCAAAGACCCCAUGAGUGAGGAGGACCUGCAGAGGCAUGAGGGUAUGUCAGAGAGAGAGCGGCAGGUGAUGAAGAAGCUUAAAGAGGUGGUGGACAAGCAGAGGGACGAGAUCAGAGCCAAGGACCGCGAGCUCACGCUGAAGAACGAGGACAUAGAAGCACUCCAGCAGCAGCAGUCUCGCCUCAUGAAGAUCAACCAUGACCUGCGUCAUAAAAUCUCUGUGGUGGAGGCUCAGGGGAAAGCCCUCAUUGAACAGAAGGUGGAACUGGAAGCUGGUGCUCAGGCACAGGGCCAGGAAGUCGGUGCCCUGCGGCAGGAAGUGAUUCGCUUAAGGGAGCGACUUCAAGGAGAACAGCCCACCCAGAAUUCUGAGGAGCCCUCACCUCUGCCACCCUCACCUGCAAAGCAUGGUAAAGGUGCUGCCGUGCUAGCAGCGGCACACAGCCCUGACCUCUCAGAGGUGAUCUCUGGUGGGCUCGACCUCGCCCAACCACGGCCUCUGCCUGGUUCCCUCAGCCCAGAGGGACACGAGGACGAGGAUGAGGAGGCUGAGGAAGAGGCAGCGUUGCUUUGGGAGGCGAUGUGCGAUGAGGACAUGCCUGCUGUGUUCCAAUAUUUUACAAAGGAGGCGCUGUGUGAGGAGGAGACAGGAGGUCUGGACCUGAAGGACCCGUGUCGACCGCGGUUCACGCUGCAGGAGCUGAGGGACGUCCUGCACGAGAGGAACGAGCUCAAGGCCAAAGUCUUCCUGCUGCAGGAGGAGCUGACUUACUAUAAAAGUGAUGAGACGGAAGAUGAGAGUGUCACUCCCUCACCUGAACCUAGGACCCGCUCGCAAUCUUCUGCCCAGCCAGAGUCAGGGAUCAAACGCCUGUUUAGUUUCUUCUCGCGCGACAAACAGCGGCCUUCGCAGCGGGGUGUGCAGUUUGACGGCAGCUUCGGCUCGUGGGCGAGGAAGGAGGACGUGUACACGGAACAAGCGCAGGAGGCGCUACAGCACAUGUAGAAACGUCACAAAAACAAAAACAAACUCUUAACACUCCGCAUUCAUCGCUCUAGAAUCUCCACCGUGACUCGCGCUGCAGCUGAAACAUCGUGAGAGGAGAGGAGCGACCGCAAGAAGGGUGAAAAACUCUUAUUUUUAAUAAAAAUGUUAAUUUAAACACUGUAGAUCCACAUUAAUGGCUAAUGCAGACUUUUAAAAAAAAUGCAAGAGUAUAUAUUGUUGCCCUGAAGGUUUUUACAGAAAAAGACGAGUAGACAGAGGAGAGAAGGAAACAGAGAGUGGAAACGUUGUGGUAAAGUCCAGAGAAAAUGAAGAGUGAACAUUUCUACAUAAAUGAAGAUGCGGGACACAAAAGUGUGCAAUAAAUACUGAGUAGAAAAUAAUAUUUAAAGGGUUUCAAAGGCAAAUCUGCACAUAAAAGAUGAGAUUAUUGUUAUUUUUUUUCCCUUCAUUCUGAGCUGAAGAUUAUUUUUCAAAAUAAGAGCAACACCUUUGUGUCCCAUUAAAGCUGCUGUCAAUGAAAUGUGUUACGUAGGUCAAUAUUGGUGCUUUUUUUGCAGUAUCUUUCAGGCUCAGGCUCUGAGAGUUUACCAGGCCCUGGUAAAAAAUGUGUGCGCAGAACUGAAUUUCCGCCGCACCGGUAGACGAGUAUUAAGAUCUGCUCACCAAGCAGAAAAAACAUUUCAACAACCAGACGUGUCCCAGGGAGCUG